GAACCAACUUUCAAUUUGUUGUCAUAUCGAUGGUGGUGGAUGUUAUUGAACAGGUUCUCAAAGAUCUUAGUGCUUGUUAUUUACAUUCUGCACUUACAUUUAACCGAGUAUGGAGCCAAGCCGCUAUUCCAUUGAAAGGGAUCGGUAAAAAGUCUACGCAAUUUUCUGUUCAUAAAGAUCAACCACUUUAUGAUUAUCCAAUUUUUAUCAGGGAACUCAAUUAUACAAACCUACUUGCAUGCGAAAAAUCCUAUAAAAGGGUCAGAAAAGUUGAAGCAAUACUUCAAACGUUAACAGAGAA